CGCGCGGUAAUUAUAUUUGCGUUGCCCGGCAACUCUGUGGCUUCCACUUCACUAUAUAAACAGGGGUGAUGAGUCUGUGUUGUCGGCAUUCGUUUGCGGAAGAAGUUUCCAAACCGGAUCCAUAUUGUAAAAACAUGAGAUUUCUCCGAUAAGUUUUUGGCACAUUUCAGAAUCAUGUUCAAGGCUCAGGCGAAGUCCUAUGGGCAAACAGGCACCAAGAUCCUCCUGGAAGCGAUGUCCAACGACAAAGUCCACCUGGCCAAGUUCGUUCUGGACGCGCUGGAUGGGGAAAUCGUGGACUCGAAAACAGAGGGCGCACAUACCCCCCUCAUCUCUUCUAUCCUACUGCCUGAUGGUCAGACUCGGUGUAAGUUUGUCGAGCUUCUGCUGCAGAGAGGAGCCAAUGUCAACUGUCAGGACGGGGACGGGCGGACCGCGCUCAGUUAUGCUUGUGAGAAAGGCUACCUGGAUGCUGUGAAGAUCCUGGUCCGAAACAAUGCAGACCCGGAGAUUGUGGACUCCUGGGGGAACACUGCGCUAAUGUACGCCGCAGUAGCAGGUCACUCCCCUGUGGUUGAGUUCUUGGUGAGAGCUUUCAGGAGGCUGGGUCUUCAGAUAGACAGGCAGAAUAAAGUUGGAAACUCUGCUGUUAAAGUGGCAAAGUUUCUCGGGCACACUGAGUGCAUCUCUGCGCUCACUAACAACUCCAAGAAGGGCCGGGAGGCUGAGGGAGGCGCUCGGGGAAACGCGCAGCCGCGACUUAGUUUGGGAUGUGGGGAUGUGCAUGACACGUUUGAGAGGAAAGUUGGACAUUUAGUGAACAAACUUGAGACCCUCCAAACGUGUAAUCAUGAAGACUGCUUAUUAGUUCGUAAUUGCACUUGGCAACCAAGGCCUCGGAUAAAGCAGAUUCGGUUACCAUCAAUGGACUCAAUAGAUGAGUUUGAAAGAGGGAGUGAAUGCUCCACCUUGCAUCCACAGGAGCUGGUCUUCUCCAGAGUCCUUACCCAUACACCCCUUCCGCGGACUUCCGACCAUUCUCCAAAUUAUGAGCACCCUAAAACCGGGCGAAAGCUGUCCACUUCUGAUUAUCACCUCCCUCCUCUUAUACAGAGCUGUCAGGCUCAAACAUGUAUUUUCUUUUCACCCCGGCCCGGCAGAAACAUCCCCGAACCCAGCGCGCCCUCUGCCUUGGGCAUCUUACUGACUCCCAUCCUAGCCAACAAAAGUAUGCAUGAACCACGGACAGAAAAAUCUAAAAUGUUAGACUUCGGUGUGCGCAGAUUUCACGACAGCUACUAUCAGAAAAGAUGGAGUCUGCCAACCAGCAUCCACAGCCCCACACCUCCAGAGCGCACACUGGUGCAUUUGCGUAAACCCAGAACCGCGAGGAGGCGUGAAGCGUCUCCCUGCAAGGCUGAGCCUCCUCACUUUGCCGUCCCAGCUGCCGCUACUUCAAACACUACUUUCUCGGUGCUGAGCAACAAACUCCUGCGCCGUUUUACCUCCCCGGAGUUUAAAAAGGAUGUGAAAGAGUUGGAGGAGGAUCCGGUGCUGACGUCGGGGCCGAUGCCGCGAUCAGAAACAUUUCCUCAGGGCAUAAAACAUCCCCAGGUGGACAGUAAACCCAGCAUCGACAGCAUCAGCUCAGUCAAGUGCGAGUUUGAUUUUCAUUUCAGAACGCCAAACUCUUAA